GAGAUUCGAACGCCGUACCGAUUGGUUGUGAAUUUUUGUACGCGAACGUUGAAAGAAGGGCGUGAGAAACGCUCAUUCAGUGUGAAUUAUUCGUUUCCAAUUUAUUUAGCCUGGUAGUCAGUAUAGUGGGACGAUGGUGUAGGAAAGUGAAUUUAUUUUAUUCAUAGUGAAAAAAAUAUUUGCGAAAACAUAUUUAGUAGGCGUAAACCGAAACAAGGCUUUGAGAAGAGGUAACCGACGCCGACAAGGGUCAUAUCUGUGCAAAGUGUUUAAAGUGAUAAACGAGUUGAUCCUGAGUGGCAGUUCCCAAGGGUUGAGUGAUUCCAAGUGAACGUGACUUUCGAGGAUUACUUGCGGCUUUUUUUAUUAUCAGCGUGCCGCAAAAGAUCGAAGGACGACGUGAGUUCAGCGCCAAGUCAAGUCGAAGCAACAGACACACUGAAGGAGGUGUCCGUCCGGCAUGGUCCUCAAGAGAAUGAAUCUCUACCACAUGAUAACAGUUGCGCUGCUGGUGACGCUGGGUGUGAUUCUACAGCUAAGCACGACAGAAGCGUGCAGUUGUCUGCCAGAGCACGCACAGUCAGCCUACUGUGAUGCGGAAUAUGUCAUUGUGGCGCAGGUUCUUAGAAAGUCUAACCGAAAGCAUGACGGUAAUAACGUUUACAAGAUCGCCAUAAAAAAGGAGUAUAAGAUGUCUCUGCGAGCCCAAAAGCUACUCAAGCAAGGAAAGCUCAUAACGCCACCGACGGAUUCCAUGUGUGGACUGCAGCUUGAAGUCAACCAACUGUAUGCGAUCGCCGCGCGAGAUAUUCACGUUGGGCUGUGCAGCUUUGUGCGCAAAUACUCGGAUCUGAAGAUUGUAGAAAAGCGUGGUUUGGCUGGCAUCUACCGCAAGGGUUGCCCGUGCAAGAUCAAGCAUUGUCAUACUGGCAGUUGUAAUGUAUCGAUCGGUGCAUGUAAUUGGGACCCAUGGGCUACCUGUGAGUCUGAUUAUGGAUCGUGCGUUCCAACCCGGGGACAUCUGAUCGACGGAGCUCCAGCCAAAUGUCACUGGCGCCCAUCACCGAUGUAUCGAAAGUGUAAAGCAAACACUCGAGAAUGAACGAACGACUAGCAACGACUAGGGUGUCAGUUAUUCUGUGCUGUAAUUAUUUUCAUGCUAUUUGUAUUCACUCCUCUACCAGCCAUAAAGACUAUUAUGGGUAUCGAAUCGCUGUUUUGUAAAAUUACUAUUUUAUAAACAUUAAUAAUAUUUAUUGUCAAGAAGCAUAUACUAUUUAUUUUAAAAAUGUAAACGGCUAAUGAUUUAUUUCCCAAACCUCAUGUGCAUAUUUAUUAUUUUUUAUAUGAAAAGUAAUGUAUGAAGCUCCUGUGUACUUUCAGAAACUAUGAUGUUUUAGUACAAAUAACGUUAGUGUUUAAGAGUUGCAUAAUUUUUGAAGGAAAAAAAAACAAUUGAAGUAAUAAAUAAAA